AUGCUCACUUCAAAAUUUGCCGAUGAAGAAGUGGUGACCAGAAAGGAAGAAGAGCUCCCUACAGAAAUUCCAGAAAAAGUUAAACCUAAAGAAAUCUCUCCUAAACAACCUGAAGAGGUCAAACCAUGGACUGAAGAAAAAAUAACACUUAAAAAACCAAAGAAGAUCGAAGUACCUGAAACAGACGAAGAAAAGCUAAAGCCUUUAAAACCGGUACAGAAGGAAGAAACUCACGCUGUAUUAACUGAAGAAGAAACUAAACCAACAGGUACAAUUUCGGAGGAGAAAAUUAUUGAGGAAAAACCUAAAACUAAACGCUGGCGUAAAAAGGUCGGUGAAGAACAUGAAGUAGAGGUUAUCAAAACAGAAGAGGAACAAUUACCUUCGGAAACUCCGGAGCAAGUAGAAGAAAAACCUACGAAAGUAAAACAUUGGCGCAGAAAAGAAGUGAAGGCCGAUGAAGAAGUGGUGACCAGAAAGGAAGAAGAGCUCCCUACAGAAAUUCCAGAAAAAGUUAAACCUAAAGAAAUCUCUCCUAAACAACCUGAAGAGGUCACACCAUGGACUGAAGAAAAGAUAACACUUAAAAAACCAAAGAAGAUCGAAGUACCUGAAACAGACGAAGAAAAGCUGACGCCUUUAAAACCGGUACAGAAGGAAGAAACUCAAGCUAUAAUAACUGAAGAAGAAACUAAACCAACAGGUACAAUUUCGGAGGAGAAAAUUAUUGAGGAAAAGCCUAAAACUAAACACUGGCGUAAAAAGGUCGGUGAAGAACAUGAAAAAGAGGUUAUCAAAACUGAAGAGGAACAAUUACCUUCGGAAACUCCGGAGCAAGCAGAAGAAAAACCUAUGAAAGUAAAACAUUGGCGCAGGAAAGAAGUGAAGGCCGAUGAAGAAGUAGUGACCAAAAAGGAAGAAGAGCUCCCUACAGAAGUUCCAGAAAAAGUUAAACCCAAAAAAAUCUCCCCUAAACAACCUGAAGAGGUCAAACCAUGGACUGAAGAAAAGAUAACACUUAAAAAACCAAAGAAGAUCGAAGUACCUGAAACAGCCGGAGAAAAGCUGACGCCUUUAAAACCGGUACAGAAGGAAGAAACUCAAGCUAUAAUAACUGAA